AUGUCUAGUAGUUUAUCAAAUCAAUUUUCUAAAGAUUGGAUUACGCCAUGGGAAGGAACUACAAAUUCUAUUAGAGUUCGCGAUAUUGUUAUCGCUAGAGAGUUAUUAAAGUAUUUAGAUAUUGGUAAAGAUAAAAAUUAUAAACAAAUGUAUAGUAGUAAAAAACCAUGUGUCGGAGUUAUUUAUUAUGGUUGGACUGAUUGGCCAGGUGGAUAUCGUGAUGAAUGUUGUCAAGAUGCGAAUGAAGAAUUUUAUGAAAAAUUAAGCAAGGCAAUCGAUGAAUAUGAUAAUAAUGUAUCUGUGAACGAAUAUAUAACAUGUAAAAUUUAA